UUAUGAUAAGGAAGGAGCGCAAAUCUAUACAAAACCCAGAGGACUUUGGACUAAAACCCAAAAGAGCGGGAAUAUUAAAAACCUGGUGCAAAACCUCUGAAUUUUAUUUUGCAGCGGAAUAUGGCUCCAGUGCACACUGGUUCUCAGCAAUGGGUGGAGAAAUAUCGGCCGAGGCAGGUAAAAGAUGUUGCUCACCAAGAAGAAGUUGUCAGGGCGCUCUCCAAUACACUUGAGACUGGCUGCUUACCUCAUUUGCUCUUCUAUGGUCCACCGGGUACUGGGAAGACAACAACAGCUCUUGCAAUUGCACAUCAGCUUUUUGGGCCAGAGCUAUAUAAAUCAAGAGUUUUAGAGCUUAAUGCUAGUGAUGAUCGUGGUAUUAAUGUUGUUCGCACAAAAAUUAAGGACUUUGCAGCAGUGGCAGUAGGUUCUGGUAGUACCAAUAGUGGUUAUCUUUGUCCACCCUUUAAAAUCAUCAUACUGGAUGAGGCAGAUUCAAUGACAGAAGAUGCUCAGAAUGCCUUGCGACGUACCAUGGAGACACACUCUAAAGUUACAAGAUUCUGUUUCAUUUGCAACUAUGUUAGCAGGAUUAUUGAGCCACUUGCUUCUAGAUGUGCAAAGUUUCGAUUUAAACCACUUGUUGAAGAUAUCAUGACUAAUCGAAUACUACACAUUUGCAAUGAGGAGGGCCUUCACCUUGAUUCAGAUGCCUUGAAAACUCUGGGGUCUGUUUCCGAAGGUGAUCUUCGUCGAGCUAUAACUUGCUUGCAGAGUGCUGCUCGAUUGUAUGGAUCAUCUAUUUCCAGCAACAACAUCAUUAGUGUCUCAGGGAUGGUACCAAAUCAGGUGGUCCAGUCACUGUUUCAAGCAUGUAAAACCGGGCAAUUUGAUGUAGCACAAAAGGAAGUUGCAGACAUUACGGCUGAGGGGCAUCCAACAUCCCAAAUCUUUUCCCAGUUAUAUGACAUGGUAGUUCAAGCUAGUGAUAUUUCAGAUGAGACAAAGGCCCGAAUAAGCCAGAGAUUAGCUGAAGCUGAUAAGUGCCUUAUUGAUGGAGCUGAUGAAUACUUGCAGCUGUUGGAUGUAACCAGCAAUACAAUGCGUGCCUUAUGUAACAUGACUCAAGAAUGUUGUUUUUGAUAUAGAUAAAAAUGGGUUUUGAAAAGGUUAGUAUUGAUGUUAUUCACACAAAUUUACUGAACAGAUGGCUAGCAUGCUUAUACUAUAUAGUCUCUUUAUGCUGUCUCCUUACUCGAGCUGAUGACUGAUACAGCCUUUGGAUGUAAGCAGGCAAUUUAACUCAUGCCUUUGUAAUAUUGUUCAAGAAUGUUGAUGAUCAGAACUCAUAACAGGCUUGCUGGUUCGCCAACUUUAUUUCUAGAAGAAUAUUUAUUAUUUAUAUAUAGGUUUGACGUGUGGUCAAUCCCUAUUUUUUGUCCUUGUACCCUUUCACUUGCCUCUUUUUGGGCUAUUGAAAUUUGUUUUCGUUUGUUGGUAUAAAAGUGAAGAGUCUCCAAUUGGGAUUGAUAUUA